AUGCAAGGAGCGCCCGAUGUGAUACAAAAAAAGAAACUGUUUGCUGUACGCACAUUGGCACAAACAUUGAGACGAUAUACUUCGCUGAAUCAUUUAGCUUCCGCUGCACGUGGUGUCCUCCAGAAACCGGAUCAAAUUCAGCAAAUGUUUCAGGAUUUUAAUCGUGUUGAUAUAGCUAAUAAGCAGAAGAGUUUGGAGCAGUGGGCUGAAUGGAUGGAAGCUGUCGUUGAUCAGGUGUUGGCGAAAUACCAUGAUAAGCCCUACAACGUUUUAGCGGAUGUCUCAAAGCAGUUCCUGAAAAAUUGGUCUUUUUACAGUUCAAUGAUAAUACGUGAUCUCACACUUCGUUCUGCCCAGUCCUUCGGCUCCUUUCACCUUAUUCGUUUGCUGUUCGAUGAAUAUUUGCUGUAUUUGGUGGAGCUACGGCUUGCAAAAGCCUCUAAUAAGCCAGUUAUUUCGGUUAUGACACAGGUUUUUCGCUCUUUAUUUUUUUUGAUUUUGCCAUUCCAGCAAGGCAAGAAUAAAUCUAACAAAACUUACGGUUCGUCUGGCUCAUUUUACUGUGUUUUCAAAAGAAGUACAGAAGUAUGA